GGGUUGGGUUUAAAGCUAUAAUCUCGAUUGGAACUAAGUGGCUAAUAAUGCAUCGAUUUUGAGUUGGUACUAUGAGGUCGUUCCAGCAAUUUGCAAGUAAUCAAGUAAAAGAUGCUUUUACAUAACCGUUCGAAAAUAGAAUCAACUGUGUCAUCUAUAAUUUGAAUACAAGUUUCGAUAUACAAUGGAGAAGUUGCAAAACUUUACUUAAAUUUAGAUAGUAACUUUUUUUCACAUAAAUCUUUUAUUAUGAUGAUAUAUCGUUCAUACCAAAUAUGAUUAUCUCAACCUUUUCAAUUGCAAACGAAUUGAGAAAUGCAAGAACGAACUCAGGAUUGACCUUGCCUCCGUUUGAGUUACUCGAGGGGCACACACUAAGCAUGACCCGGGCUUUAUGUAUGUAUUAGUAAACGUGCACGAACGCGCACUUUCGAUUUGAGCAGCCGAGGCCCCAUUUUUUUUUAUAAAAACCCGGACGGGAACGAACUAGAAUGAAGAAAGACAAAAAAACCGUAUCACAGAUACUUACCGACACGUCCACGUCUUCAGGAACGGGAGGCGUUCCCCAACCAUCACACACUUUUCAGUCUGUAUAUAAAGACCGUAACGUUCUUUGAAGCUUCAGUCGAACUUUAACAGCAAAACAAUCUGUCAACCUAUUCUUUAAUAAAUAUGAUUGCAAAGAUUUUGGCGUUAGCUACUUUUGUAGCUGUCACAAAUGGUGGAUAUCUUGGUGGACAUCUUGGUGGACCAGCUUUUGCCGCAGCACCAGUUUUAGGACAUGGCUUAAGUUUAGGACAUGCUGCUUAUGCUGCACCAGCUUACGCAGCGCCAGCUUAUGCAGCACCCGCUGUUUAUAAAGCAGCCCCAGCUAUUGUUAAAGCAGCACCAGCAGUUGACUAUGUGGCUUAUCCAAAAUAUGAAUUUAACUAUGGUGUAGCUGAUGGUCAUACUGGCGAUCAAAAAUCACAACAUGAAGUUCGUGAUGGAGAUGUAGUGAAAGGAUCAUAUUCUCUUCACGAAGCUGAUGGAACAGUUAGAACUGUUCAUUACACCGCUGAUGAUCAUAACGGUUUUAACGCUGUUGUUACAAGGUCUGGACAUGCAGCUCAUCCUGCUACACCAAUUGUGGCAGCUCCUGCUAAAGCUGUUUACGCAGCUCCAGCUCCAGUAUUACACGCUGCCCCAGCAUUAGCUUAUGGUGGUUACCUAGGGUACAAACACUAAAAAAAUCUUAACUGCGAUAUUACGACCACGAAAAAAUUAGAUUUUUCUUAUUUUUUCGAAAAGUAACAUUUUCAAAAAAUGAGAAAAAUCAGAACGACCAGAAAGGUUUUUGAAUCGAUUUUUUCUUGUACUAUUUAUUCAUCCGGUUACGGUUACUUUAUUAUUAUUAUUUUUUUCGAUCGAAAAGUUUUCUGGUCGAUCUUUUUUUAUUGCGGUACUGAUCGACUAAAUGCCAUGCCAAAACUUUUUUAUCGUAUCAACUUGAUUCGAUCAUUCUUCGCCUGACUCGUGUAAAUGUCCCAAACGUUUUUUUGCGAAUCUGUAUUAUUUUUUUUUCAAUUACCUUUUAAUUAUAAGUAAUUGAUAUCGUGUUUAUUUUUUUGUAUUACGUAUUUAUGUAUAUUAUAUGAUAUGCAAGUUUUUAAAAAUAAUUUUAUCAUUUUUUUGUACAUAUAACUCUUCUCUUUUUUUUGUAGUUCGUACGAAUUAUUUUUUUAAUGACGCAGUAUUUUCCAUGUUCUCUUCGCGUAUACUUUAUACUAUGUAUUUUGUACUGUUUUUUAAGUAAAUAUAUGCAUCAUCUUUGUCAUCAAGAA